AUGGCAAUCAAACUAAAUAUGGAGAAAGCAUUCGACUUUAUAGAAUGGGAUUUCUUGUUUGCAAUAAUGAAAGCCUUGGGAUACAGUAACAAGUGGAUCAAUCUCGUCAGAGAGUGUAUAACAACGGCAACCUUCUCGGUACUCAUAAGCGGCUCCCCUCGAGGCUUUUUCAAAGCCGAAAGGGGACUCAGACAAGGUGAUCUAAUCUCACCCUUCCUGUUCAUUCUAUGCACUAAAGUCCUAUCAAGACUAAUUGCUAGAUCAGAAGCCAUGGGCACCUUGAAAGGACUCAAAGUCAGCAGAAAUUGUCCGCCAAUCUCACAUCUUCUCUUCGCAGAUGAUCUUAUCAUUUUUGGAAAAGCUGAAGAAACCGUAGCAAGGAACAUAAGCAGAAAUCUGGAUAAGUACCAGGAAUGGUCAGGCCAAUGA